UCUGGCAACCCAUGUGUCUAAAAAUGGCGCAGGAAAGUAGACACAGCGCAGAUGGCACGUGGGUGAGUGAGUGACUGAGAGAGAGAGGGAGGGAGAGAUUAUAAAUCCCCUCGCAAAUUCAAUAGUGAAACUAAACUGCACCUGGGGUGCGAGACACACCCGCUAACCGAACCUGCAGCAGAGAGACACACACACAACUGUCUCACACACCGGGGGUCUUCACAGAGCUGCGCGAUCACCCUGACAUCAAAGACACACAGGACAAUGAGGACAUGAGCUCUGAUGAUCACCACGUCAGCGUAAUGAAGGGAAAAAGUCGAGCCUUUUGGAUUGUUCUGGCUGGAGUUUUCCUUACUGCGAGGGUGUGUGAUGCUGCAUGCAUGAGGCGGAAUUUUAAAGAUUACAUCACAGAUAAUUUAUUACUCGACCACUGGUUUCAGAUGAAGAAUUUCACCCCGACUGGUGAGGAGGUUAAGGUGCAGCAUGAAUUCCUCGCUGUCAUUAACACCAUCUGUUCAAGUUUUCUAGCAAAUGAACGUUUUUACAGAACGCAUCCGUACAAUGAGAGCAUGAAGACAAAACUGGUGUGGACGUACAAAGAACUGGUGAAUGAGCUGGUCAACCAUGGUGCAAGGGAUAAAACUGACACUGUACAGUUUUGUCGAAAUCACACCUGUUCUGAAUCUUACAGCACAAGUUUCAUUAACACAACACAGUUUGAGAAUAUCUAUAAAAAAGUGUGCAACUGGACCGGACCAGCGCCAGAGUGUCCGUUUCCACAGAUUCAUUCAGGCACAACAGCAGCAGUGAGUCCUACAUCGACUCCUCAUGCACCUGAGCCAGGACAGCAGACAUCUCGUGAGCCAACUAACGAAAAUGUUUCAAGCCAGUCCAUAAUAUCUGAUGCAGAGAAUUCAAAGACUCAGGGUGUCUCGCCGUUUCUGGUGGUGUCAGUGGCGAUGAACUUCAUCCUCGUCCUCCUCAUCAUCUUUAUAAUUUAUCAUUACAAGCGCAGAUCUACAUCUUCAGGCAAUCAGCAUGAUAACCAGGAGCACCUGUCUCUACAUAAGGAUCAGAUCAGAUCAGAAUAAUACAGAUAGUCUUCAAGAGGAUACAGUUUAGUUUAAGUUUCACCCAAUUCAUCAUCAUAAAUAAACCUGCAGUGUUCUGAGCUUUGGACUUAACCGAGUUCUCAGUGACGUGGAUUAACGUAAAAGCUCUGCGCUGUUGAAGACUGGAUUUUGGACUGAAGAUGAUGAUGAUGAUGAAGUAUAUAAAUCAUCCGGUGGAACUCUGUCCGUAUUACAGGCUGCUGUAAUUAAGGCACAAAGGAAAAGUGAGUGCUCGACACACUGUCUCUGAGAUGCUGUGAGUUUCUUGUGUGUGUGUGUGUGUGUGUGUGUCUGUGUGUGUGUGUGUGUGUGUGUGUGUGUGUGUGUGUGUAUAAACCUGAACUGACAGCUAAUAUCUGAUGUUGGGAUUCAGCAGUAAAUUAAAAACUUGAUUAGAAAAUGUGUGACUCCACCUGAUGGAGGACGUUUCAGAUGUUUUAUUAAAGGGAAGAUACUCGUGUGGAAUAAUGAACACAAAAUCAAAAGAAAUAAUAUAACUGCAAACAGCGACUGCUGGGCCCAAGCAUCCUGUAGAAGAGAUAUGAUAACGGUUGUUACAUUAAGCAGAUGGUGGUGCUGUGAGACACCGACGGCGAGACACUAUUUCCAUUUCACUAUUUCCGUGAACUUUGAACCAUGUUGCAUAAUGUAUAGCUUGAAUGGCAUAACAUUAAUUUAUCGCAUGACCAUACCAACAGCAUUUAAGAUAUCAACAACCUACAGCUAAUACUUGCUGAUUGUGUAAUAAGCUAAUAUUUAACACGUGUGUAUGUGUGUGUGUGUGUGUGUGUGUGUGUGUGUGUGUGUGUGUGUGUGUGUGUGGUAGAUAAUGAAAGUGUUAUUGUAAAUUCACUUAUAAAGCAGACAUAGAAACACUGACGCUUUUCAACUUUUCAACAAAUCCCAAGCCCUAAACAUGGCCCGCCCCUUUUCUCCAUUAAAUAUGUGCUAAGUAGCCCCUACAUUUGCAUACUCAAAUCUGAUUGGCUCUUAUAUUUUAUGACUCAAUACCAGUAUGUUGUCAUGUGGUUCUCAGCUGUUUCUAUGUUUUCACACUUUGACAAUGUUUAAUAAUAAAAUAAUGAAAAAAAUACACAUUAUAUAAAUGUUAGUGUUUAAAAGAUCAAACUGUGUUGUAAAUCUCUGGGGGUUUUUACAGCACAUUGUUCACUGCCCAGUAACAGAGAAAAUUGGAUAACUGUUAUAGAUAUUAUAUAAUAUAAUAAUUGUUUUAUUAUAUUAUAUAAUAUAUUUUAAGUAUAAUAAAGUUUCAUAUAUGAGAGCAGUAUUUUAUUUAUCGCAGUGCGAUUCUUAUUUUCAUGUCUUGGUUGAUCUCAGUGUUUACUGAGAAAUUUACUCUCAUUUUAAUAAAAUGCACUGAGGACACAUGAUUUUUUUACAACAAUCUAACGGGUGUAACAACUGAACAUCUGUAACACUGUUCCAUUGUGUGUGUGUGUGUGUGUGUGUUCAGUCUUUUUGAAACUGUUCUGUGUUCUGCUGUUGUGUAAAAUUUAUUUAUAUACAGUUUAUUGUUAAUGGUGUGUUCAUGAACCGCAUGAAUAAUAAAACAGUCACGAUGUUAAA